AAUUGGAUGGUUUCUAUUAUUGUUCUCAGCACUAUUAAAAUGAAAGGAACACGCAUUGCGUUAAAUACUUAACAUGCGUCAAUGUCUUGCUGUCUGUAGUAUAUUACUCAAAUCAACUGUAUUGAUACCUGGUCGAUUUAGAAGCAGAUUACCUGAAAAUGGCCACCUUAAAAAAGCAGGUGUAAAUAUAGGAAAGAGAUCAGAUCGUUGGGUCCUCGAAAGGUAUGUUCGCGGCAAAGCAAGACUCAAUAAAAACAAUCAGGUGAUAGGAGAAAUAGAACUGGCACGAAAUGCGGCCAUAGUUGUCCUAUCAACUGGUGCCAAGGGUCUUGGCAAAAGCAUCAUGCUGGAGGUAGACCAAAACAGGUACCUGUUUAAUGCACCUGAUGGUCUUCUCAGAGCUUUGUACGAUGCAAAUGACGGAAGACCGAUGCCAACAACAGAAAAUAUUUUCUUCACCUCCAAAACUUUGGAUACUGUAGGGGGAUUGACAGGAUUUAUGCUGCACAACACAGUGAAACUUGAUAUCGACCUGACAAUGAAGCUGCAUGGGCCUCCAUUUGUGCACUCAAUUCUGCACAUCAUGGACUAUUUCUCAGAAAAGAACGAGGGGAGGCUAUCAAACAUAGAAUGGCGAGGCAUGCCACAUGACCAUUAUGAAGAUGACCAGCUGACCGUGGAAUACGUUGCUCUCUACGACAGGUCCUCUGACCCUAGUAUUGACCAAUUGAACGCCAGCUGUAUUGGCCAAUCGGAAAGCAACGAAUUGUACAGUGAUAAACAAUUGUCAACCCAACAAACGCAUGUUUUAAGUGAUUUUGACUCAAAUGUGAAGAAUUCUAAUAAUGAACAGAAAACACGUACACGCGCAAAGAUAUUUAAGGGUACAGAUUCGGUGUCCCCGUCAGAAAAAACUGAAUUAAAGAAGCAACUAACCAAAAACAGACAUGAGAUUAAAACUAAUAUUGAAGAUAUUGAUUCAUUAGUUAAAAGGACAGAUACAGUUGGCUCUAGCAGGUUUAACAUUGACGACAUUCUCAAUAUAAAUGAAGCAGAUUCUUAUGAUAGAGAAAAUAUUAACAAUAGUCGUGAAUCUAUUGAGUUUGAUUCAUUAUUUGAACCUGUUCCCUCGAGUUCUACCACAAACAGAAGUGAGUUAAAAACUAAGCUUAAAGAUAUUGAUUCAUUAGUUAAAAGGACAGAUACAGUUGGCUCUAGCAGGCUUAACAUCGAUGAUAUUUUCAGUAUAAAUGAAACAGAUUCUUAUGAUACAGAUUCAAGAUCUGACUUGCAUAAAGCUUAUGCUCCUGUUGAAAAUAUUAACAAUCGUCUUGAAUCUAUUGAGUUUGAUUCAUUAUUUGAACCUGUUCCCUUGGGUUCUACCAAAAACAGACAUGAGAUUAAAACUAAGCUUAAAGGUAUUGAUUCAUUAGUUAAAAGGACAGAUACAGUUGGCUCUAGCAGGAUUAACAUCAACGAUAUUCUCAACAUAAAUGAAACAGAUUCUUAUGAUGCAGAUUUAAGAUCUAACUUGCAUAAAGCUGUUGCUCCUGUUGGAAAUAUCAACAAUCGUCGUGAAUCUACGUUUGAUUCAUUAUUUGAAACUGUCCCCUCAAGUCCUGUCGGUAAAGUGGUAAAACGGAUUGAUACAUCUGGCUCUGGCAGCCUUAACAUCGAUGAUAUUCUUAAUAUAAAUGAAUUAGAUUAUGUUCCAGAUUUAAGAACUGACUCACAUAAACCCAAAGCUCCUGUUGAAAAUAUAAAAAAUCAUCAGGAAUGGAUGAAUUUUUAUUCAUUAUUUGAAAGUGACCCUGCAAGUUCUGGCAGUGAUAAUAUUGGUGACAGGUCUGAACAUUUAUCGGAAAAUGACCUCGAGAAUGUUGAAAAUUACACUGAAGACUAUGUACUUCAGCUGCAAAAAGCUAAGAAAAUGGCCAUGGCUUAUAUUGUGAAGCUUAAGCAUUCCAUAAACAAAGUUGAUGCUCAGAAAGUAUAUAACCUUGGAGAGAAAAGUGGUCCGUGGGUUGGAGAUUUAGUGAGAGGAAAAUCUGUCACAUUGUCUAACGGAAGGGUGGUUACACCACAGGAAGUGUACUCGGACAGCUGCGUUGAAGUGCGGCCAAUUGUUGUUUUAGAGGUCCCCUCUGUCGGCCAUCUUGAAGACCUGCUGUCAUCUUCCAAGCUUGAAGCCCUCCAGAAGUCCCAGGGAUCACCGGGGGCAGAGGUUAUCGUGCACAUGACCCCUAAGGGCGUAAUGGAGCACCCUAAAUACAAGGAGUUCAUGGGCAGAUACUCCUGCAAGCACCUAAUUUUGAACGAGGAUUCGGGAAUGGUAAAUCUAAGGGGAGCUCACGCAGCAAGUGCAGUCAACAAUGAGGUCCAUCCGGAGUUGUUUCCCCUGGCGCGUGGAUUCAUGGAUACGCAUCACUCUUUCGUUGGAUCUGAUGAGUCUGUGGCAUAUGGAGAGUUUUGUCUGAAGUAUGUGCUGCGGCCGGAACAUAGGCGUGGCUACGAUAGGAGUUUCGUGCCACAACUGGACCCUCAGAAUUGCAUUAGAUCAGAACUGAAGACAGCUGGCUAUCUUGUACACCUAAUGGAAGAAAAGUUUCAAACAAGAUACACAUUCCCAAAGAAAAGCUUUGCACAGGAGCUUAAAAAGUUCCAUGACUUAUUAACAAGCGGAAAAUUAGACACUCCUAUAUUCACAGCAGAGUAUCCAAAAAUAACGUUCCUUGGUACUGGAACAGCCAAACCUAAUUUGAGAAGGAAUAAUUCGGGUAUUAUGCUUGAAAUCAGGAAAAAUGAGUAUAUGAUACUGGACCCCGGUGAGGGGACAUACAGACAGAUGCUGAUGAUGUUUGGUCACAAGGAGACAUUGAGAAUACUUGCCCAUCUCAAAGCUGUUUUUGUCUCGCACCUUCAUUUCGACCACCAUGGCGGCAUAUUCACGCUUAUGAAGUGCCGCCGAGAGGCAGUCCAGAAGUCCGGAGGUGUGGAUAAGGUGUUUUUCCUCGUGCCUCACAAGCUGCAGAAGUGGCUCAAAGUAUUCGCUAGUCAGAUUAUUGACAUCUCCUCCGACAUCAUUUAUGUGCCACAUCUGGUUCACAAUACAAACUGGCGGCUGCAUACUAACCUCGACAAAGUGCAGAAGGCACUCAAUUUGAAUAAGUACAUAACCGUAGAAGUCAAUCACACUAACUACUCUAGCGGCCUCAUCUUAGUGCAUAAUGAUGGGUGGAAACUGGUCUAUUCAGGAGAUACGACUCCGCUUUAUCAUGGUGGCUUCAAUAAAUAUGGGAAAGACUGUGAUAUAUUGAUACACGAAGCCACAAACCUUCCGGCCGAGCAGGAAUUAGCGAGACACAACUGUCAUAGCACUGUGACCGAGGCCAUUCAAGUCGGUAAAGCGAUGAAUGCCAAAUACACGCUGCUGACCCACUUUAGUGGCAAGAUGACAAACAUGCCUCUACUGAACGAAAGUUUCACCAGGGAUGUCGGUUAUGCUUUCGACAUGAUGCAGGUUCGGCCCAAUCAACUUCAUCUCCUGUACCACAUGAAACCAGUGUUUGAAAGUAUAUAUGGCAUCAGCGUGUCAUUGGCCAAUUUUCAAACGAUAGAGACAAUUAGGCGCGUGAGGAAAGUGGCCGUAUUUAGUCAAGGCAUGGAAGAGACAAUUGGCGACCAUGACGACUUCCGGUUCUUGGAAUACCUCAAGACGUCGUCGAGGGAUUCGGAUAAUUGGAAGAAGAGCAAUCUUAAACAGCGGCUAGAAAACUUGGAAGAUAAACAAAAAAACGGCGGUUAAAUUACUUCGCUUAUGCGUUUGUAAAGAAUUUGUAUUUUUUUUAUCGAGGCUUGAUGCUAUAAAUGGCAGCUGAUUUGCAUCAGUAUCUGUGGUUGAAAGAAUUCCUCAAAGUACUGAAUCGAUCGAAAAGAAAACAUUUAACUUUGUCCAUCAUUUAUUUUCAAUUUAUUUUUGCAAUCAACCACACCUUCAGAAUUUUUGUUGUGUGUGCUGCGGUUGACCUGCAACGAAUUUAAAUGAAAAAAAUAAAUGACCGGAAUACGCA